AUGCAAUCUGAAUUAGAUUUAUUAGAAGAGAAAGCUAAGGAAUAUAUACUAACUAAGCUUAAGGCUAAGAAUACAAAACUUAUAGCUAAGAAAGCUAAUUUUGAGGCUAAAAAUGCAGAAUAUAUAAAGCUUAAGAAUGAGACUGCAAAGCUUAAGGUCAAGAAUACCAAACUUUUAAAACAAUGUAUUAAGAUGACAAUUCUUGAGCUUGAAACAAGAAAUGCAAUAUUAAGACCAAUUAUAGAAGAAUUUGCAAAGAAAUCGGAAUAUAGCCACCUUAUAACACAAUAA